AUGAAAAAGGCAACAACAUACAAAAAAUGUUCUACUAAAAAACCGAAUAGCGUCAUUUCAUUACCAAAUGAUAAAAUGCACCAGUCUUAUCCCCUCAAAAUCAACGAGAAAAAAGUAAAAAAUGUCAAGGUUUUGGUGCAGAAAUAUGUUCCAAAAGCUGACUAUUGGUACUACAAUGAAAUAUUGAGCGAUAUUGAUGGGGAAGAAAAUCUUGAAAAUAUCGAGGAUUCAGAAGAACCCGCCUAUGACUCAGACUCUUCUUUUAUAUAA